AUGUUGCGCUCUUUCUCAGGGGCAGGUAAAUGCAAAUGCCGAAUACCCGUCUCUCGGCAGCCCGUCUGCGGUCGGUUGCUGAGAGUCAGCAACACACUCACGCCAUGGAGUCAAUCUCGAAGAGCUGCGUCGACCGUCACUAGCUUGGACAGUUUUCCAAAUGUCGGAGAGAAACUCCACGGGUUCACUGUCCAGGAGAAGAAACAUGUACCAGAGUUGCACCUUACGGCAGUGCGGUUAAAGCACGACAAGACAGAUGCAGAUUACCUUCAUGUUGCCCGGGAGGAUAAGAACAAUGUCUUCGGUAUUGGUUUUAAGACGAACCCCCCAGAUGCGACUGGUGUACCACAUAUCUUGGAGCAUACCACGUUAUGUGGAAGUGAAAAAUACCCAAUUCGCGACCCGUUCUUCAAAAUGCUUCCCCGAUCAUUGUCGAAUUUUAUGAAUGCUUUCACCUCCGCCGACCACACCACAUAUCCCUUCGCCACAACAAAUCAACAGGACUUUCAGAACCUGCUUUCAGUUUAUUUGGACGCUACACUGCACCCAUUGCUGAAAGAAGAAGACUUCAGGCAAGAGGGAUGGCGGCUGGGACCAGAGGACCCUCGCCCCAUUCUAGCCCAGGGAGAGCAAGUUAAAGGAAGCCUGCAGUCAGACGAUGUGCUUUUCAAAGGAGUCGUCUACAACGAAAUGAAGGGACAGAUAUCGGACGCCAAUUAUCUCUACUACAUCAAAUAUCGUGAAAGCAUCUUUCCGGCGCUGAAUAACUCUGGUGGAGACCCUCAAUAUAUCACCGAUUUGACGCACCAGCAGCUGGUGGACUUCUCCAAGCGGAAUUACCAUCCCAGUAACGCCAAGAUUUUGACAUACGGGGACAUGCCUUUGAGCGGACACUUGAGGCAGAUCGGUGAGGUGCUGGAUGGCUUUGACAAGGGACAAGCGGACAGAGAUGUCAAGUUGCCCUUGGACUUGAGUCGCGGUCCCGUGAAUGUCACUGUUCCCGGACCUAUCGACACAUUUGCCGGCGAGGACAAGCAGUUCAAGACCUCGACCUCUUGGUACAUGGGCGAUACGACGGACGUCGUCGAGACGUUCUCGGUUGGAAUUCUGUCUUCCUUGCUCCUCGAUGGCUAUGGUUCGCCAAUGUAUCGUGCGUUGAUCGAGAGUGGGUUAGGGUCUUCUUUUACUCCCAACACAGGCCUUGAUUCUUCUGGUAGAGUGCCGAUCUUUUCAGUCGGUCUUACCGGCGUGAGCGAGGCGGACGCACCAAAGGUCAAGACAACUACUCAAAGGGUUUUCCGGGAGUCUCUUUCUUCCGGCUUCAAUGAUGAGAAGGUCCAAGGCUUUCUUCAUCAGCUGGAACUCGCGUUGAGACACAAGACGGCUAACUUCGGUAUUGGUGUCAUGGAGAAAACUCUUUCAUCCUGGUUCAAUGGUUCGAACCCUAUGAAGGAAUUGUCUUGGAAUGAAGUCAUCGAUGAGUUCAAGAAAAGAUACGAACAAGGAGGCUACCUUGAGUCAUUGAUGCAAAAAUAUCUUAUGAACGAUAAGUGUCUCACGUUUACGAUGGUGGGGACUCCCUCGUUUAACAAAGAUCUCGAUGAUCAGGAAAUGGUGCGUAAGGAAAAGAAGCUCAGUCAGCUCGUUGAGCGUCAUGGCUCGGUUGAGCAGGCUGUCUCCGCGCUUGCUGAAGAAGAGCUUCAAUUGCUCAAGAUUCAGGAAGAGGCGCAGAACGCCGAUUUGAGCUGCUUACCCUCUCUUCGCGUUGAGGAUAUCUCCAGGGAAAAGGAACGCAAACCCGUGCGGGAGUCCGAGGUAGACGGUACAGACGUCGUCUGGCGCGAAGCCCCAACAAAUGGACUCACCUAUUUCCAAGCUUUGAAUUCUUUCGAGGAGCUCCCAGAUGACCUGCGAUUGCUAUUGCCGCUGUUCAACGAUUGUAUCAUGCGACUAGGCACUCCGGACAAAUCCAUGGAACAGUGGGAAGACCUGAUCAAGUUGAAGACCGGCGGAAUCACAACAUCCACUCUUCACACAUCUUCUCCUACGGAGUUAGGUAAAUUUAGAGAGGGCCUGCAGUUUUCAGGAUAUGCUCUGGACAGCAACAUCCCAGAUAUGCUGCAGAUUCUCACUACACUCGUCACUGAGACAGAUUUCACCAGCCCUCAUGCGCCCGCCAUGAUUCAAGAAUUGCUGCGCAUGACCACCAACGGAGCUUUGGAUGCUGUUGCCGGGUCGGGUCAUCGAUACGCGCUGAAUGCCGCAGCUGCUGGUCUAUCCCGGAGCUUUUGGGUUCAGGAGCAGCACUCUGGCCUAGCGCAAUUGCAGGCUACGGCUAACCUCCUUCGCGACGCUGAGACCUCACACGAACGUCUUGGUGAGCUGAUUGAUAAACUUCGGCUGAUUCAGUCAUUUGCUAUUUCCAAAGGCUCUGGCCUCCGUGUUCGCAUGGUUUGUGAGCCCAGCAGUGCAUCACAAAACGAGAAUGUGCUCCAGAAAUGGCUGGCAGGACUGCCUCGCAACAGGUCACCCACGUCGCCGCUUGAGCUUUCUGGCGUGAAUUCGGUAGCCAAUAGGGUGUUCUACGACCUGCCUUACAAGGUCUACUACUCUGGACUUGCCAUGCAGACGGUCCCUUUCAUUGAUCCCUCCAGUGCGCCCCUCAGCGUCCUUUCUCAACUUCUGACCCACAAAUACCUUCACCCUGAAAUCCGAGAGAAGGGAGGCGCGUAUGGCGCCGGGGCCAGCAACGGCCCGAUCAAGGGAUUCUUCGCCUUUACUAGCUACCGGGAUCCCAACCCAGUGAACAGUCUCAAAGUCUUCCAGAACAGCGGGAUCUUUGCUCGGGACCGUGCCUGGUCAGACCGAGAACUUGCUGAGGCCAAGUUGGGCAUCUUUCAAGGACUUGAUGCUCCUGUGAGUGUUGAUGAGGAGGGUGCCAGGUAUUUCAUGAGUGGUGUUACACAUGAAAUGGACCAACGUUGGCGAGAGCAAGUGCUAGACGUCACUGCAAAGGAUGUCAAUGAAGCCGCUCAGAAGUUCCUGGUUGAAGGUUCUCGGCAAUCCAUCUGUCUGCUCGGCGAGAAGAAGGAUUGGGCGGAUUCCGACGGCUGGGAAGUCCGAAAGCUCUCUAUGAAUGCCUCAAGUGAGCCUGCGAGCGACCCCAUGAGCCAAGAUGGCGCCGUGGCGUCUGCUUAA